AUGCUUGCUUCUGCUCGUCAUAGUUUUUCUCGCAUACCGCGUCGCGCUUUCUCAACAACUUCGACGCGUGCAUAUGACGUCUCCAAGCUCAUCCUCAUUGGACGACUAGGCAAAGACCCUGAAGUUCGUCUUACCAAAGGUGACAAGGAAUACGCUUCUUAUACCGUUGCGACCACCAACUACCCACCUCCACCUCCUAACCCUGAUGGCAACCGCCAAGAGGCUGGAACCACGUGGCACCACAUCAUUUGCUUCAAUCCCAAUCAGACCAACUACUUGCGCACUCUCCAGAAAGGGACCCAAGUCUACGUUGAGGCGAACUUUGAGCUUCGUGACCCAGACCCAAGUGCGGACUCAUCUUCACCGCAGGGCCAAAGACAGAUAUUCCUUAGACACGAAAGCAUCCGGGUUAUCAGGCACGCCCCCUCGCAUAGCGAGAGCCCCGAGUAG